ACCGCACCAUACGGAAGGUGGGAGUCGGAUAUCACCCCCGAACUUCUCGUGCAGGGCAGCAUUCCUUUCGACGAUGUCUUCGUCGAUCCUCUUACUUCGGCGGUAUAUCACAUCGAAAGGCGCGCAGCCGAUCACGGUCGCUAUGUCAUCGUGAACACAGCGACCGAUAGUGAUGUCAUUCCUUCCCCCCUGAGUGCCCGCACCGGUGUGCAGGAAUACGGUGGCGCCGCCGCGAUAGCGUACGGAGGGGUAAUAUACUUUUCGAACUUCGCCGAUAACAGAGUCUACAAGAUCAUCGAAGGGCAGGCCGCGGAACCUGUCUCCCCUGAUGAUCCCAUCUAUAGAUAUGCCAAUUUCGCAGUGCACCCGGAGAAGCAACAUCUUCUCGUAUCUAUCCUUGAGGAUCACACCGUGGAUACUCCACAGACCGUCGUCAACACCCUUUGUGUCGUUAAUACCACGCGGAAGGCCAUCUUUCCGCUUGUCGGGGGGGCUGAUUUCUAUUCGUCCCCUGUCUUCAAUCCAUCCGGUACCAAGAUUGCCUGGCAAGAAUGGUACCAUCCCGACAUGCCAUGGGAAGGCUCCUUGAUCUACGUCGCCGAUGUGAUCACCCAACCAGACACCAUAUUGCUAUUGAACAAAAAGAAGGUUGCAGGGCAAAUUCUCAAAGUCUCCGUAUCUUUCCCUUGUUUUGCCAACGAUACUACACUGGUGUUCACGUCUGACGAGUCGGGCUUCCAAAACCCGUUCGUGUAUGAUACCACAACGGGCGCUGCGAGACCAGUUCUUCCCUCACCGAUCAAACAAGACUUUGGUAGUCCUGCUUGGACUCUUGGCGAUUAUCCUUAUGCGAUUCUUCAUCAUGGCAACACCGCCGCGUUCGUCGCUUUCCGCGAUGGAAGAACUAUCCUUUACACUGUGAACCUUACUCAAGUGUCCCAGCCUACUCUGCGCGAAUUUCCGUUUACAGUUGCUGGGCAUUUACGACUUCAUCCUAUACCAGUCUCCUGUGUACAAAGCGUCGUUUGGAGAAGUGAAGCGCCUGGUGGUGUCAUACGCUGCGACUUCAACGACCAGAUUGUAGGGAGACCAGAUCCACAGUAUACCGUCUUGAAGGCCAGUGGCUCCUUUACAGGUUAUGAGGGAUACAUUCCGCUUCCGGAGCCGAUCACUCUAUACCGGGACGAGAAGCCGCUCUACGUAGUCUACUACGGACCCAAGAAUCCAAAGUACUCUGGCCCUACGGACUCCACUGAAAAACCACCUUGCAUCGUGAACGUACAUGGUGGUCCGACUUCAAUGGAGCCGCAGGUACUCAACUUGUUCAAGAUUUAUUUCACCAGUCGUGGGUACUCGUGGUUGGACGUCAACUACGGCGGCUCGUCGGGGUACGGUCGGGAGUAUAUUGGGCGUCUUGCAAGUAAUUGGGGCAUUGUCGACGUCCAAGACUGCUACGAUGCCCCUCGUCUGCUUGCAUCGGAAAGCAAUCCCCGCAUUGACGGUGCACGCGUUGCCAUCCGCGGUGGUUCUUCUGGGGGUUACACGACUCUCGCAUCACUCUGUCUCGAAUCCGCGCCGGGCACGAAGUACUUCAAAGCUGCGACGUCGUUGUACGGAAUCUCCGACCUCCUCUCGCUUGCCCGCGAUACCCACAAGUUCGAGCUCAAAUAUAUGAUCAAACUCUUGGGUGGGUCGGUUGAUGACAUCCCAAGGGUGUACAAGGAUAGGAGUCCACUCUACUAUGCCAAGAAUAUAACUGUGCCGUUGCUGGUCUUGCAAGGUGCGGAGGACAAGGUUGUUCCUCCUGAGCAGUCAGAGAAGAUCGUCAGUGAAAUCCAGAAAAGUGGUGGAGAAGACAGAGUGAAGUACAAAAAGUUCCCGGGAGAAGGGCACGGGUUCCGCCUGGAGGAAACUAUUAAGGAAGCCGUGAAGUUGGAGUGCGAGUGGUACAAAGAGAGGCUUCUCUGAGCAUACCCGGUAUACGAUGUUGUCGAAGCCAGCUGUAUAAUAGUCAGACUUGCAAAGACAAUGCACUCAGAAGAUGACUUGGC